CUGCCAUUUCCUUUUACAAGAUCUGAAUGUCUAUACAGGGAGUGGACGUAAAAACUGUGCAUUUUUUUACAUCAAGAAGCUGUGACAGUGGCCAUUGAAGGCCACGACAUGUUGCCGUCAUGAAAAACAAAGCGAAAUAUGGCUUAAUCCGUGGACACCGCUUUCCUAGCUUGUUUUUAUGCGGGUUUAAAUUUGGUACACUUUGGUAGCAAAGGACUAUUUAUAUUUUUGUAUACAAUAAUAAAUAUCGUGUUUCCACGAUGACCGACUUGCAGCAGCGGCGAAAUGAACUUGAAAAGGCCGUUGGAAACUCAAGGCAUCCUUUGCAUAUCGAUGGACUGCUUGUAAGUUGUACAAACGUCAAGAAAAUAUGCACAAAUUUCAGGAAUUGGGCAUGUUGAUUUGCUGUAUAUGUCGAGGACAAUAAUAAUAUAAUACAUUUCGCUUUUGUGUUUUUAGGAUAGCGUACAAGCUUUGGCAAAUGACUGUGACUUUCCAGCACUACGAAAAAAUAAAAACCUGGAGAGCUUUUUAUCACGAUGUAUGAUUUAUGUUGUUGUUUAUUGAGCAUAGUUGAAACAUGAAAUAUGUAAGACUCGACCAAACAAUGUGUUUUCUUUUGCAUAGAUGAAAAGCCAUCAAUUUUUAUACGUGAUCAUCGCAUGAAACACAGCGAUUUCGAUCUUGUCAAAGUGAUAGGACGUGGGGCAUUUGGCGAAGUUCAACUGGUAAUGCAAUAAAGUUAUAUUUGAUUAAUAUAAGUUAUAUGUUUUAAGUGGCUUUCUUAAUACCGAAGGUCGAAGUGAACUAAUUUAAUAUGCUAGCAAAUUCUAUGUUUAUAUGCUUUAUAAAACACAAUACACAAUAGUUAAUUCGCUGUCUAAGACAUAAAAUUAAGACACAUAAACCGUUUUUCUCUCUUCGAUAUUUUAUUAAAAGGUAAUCUAAAUGAUAUCUGUCUUGUUUAUUUAUAAUUACGUAUCCUAUCUCUUGUUUUGACAGGUCAGGCACAAGGAUUCGAAAAAGGUUUACGCGAUGAAGCUUCUGAAUAAAUUCGAAAUGGUAUGUCCAAAAUACUUGUCAAAUACUAUUAACUAUUAGCUACAGUAUCUAUUUAUGUUAGAUGCGAAUUUUAGAGGUGAAAUAGUUUAGAUCGUCAAAAUUAAGUUGCGAUCAAAUCUACAUUAUAUAAUGGCGAACCAAUAAAAUAAAACGGUAAAAAUAUUUAAAUUUUGUAAGAAUUAGAAACUAUUUAAGCCAUCUUUUUAUUCCGGAAAGCCAUUUAUAUUGUUACUUGUUUGAUUCUUGAUAGCCGGUCUUUGAGAAACACUUGCAUUAAAUUUCAGAAAAAGUUGUCAACAUUCGUGCUUGUUAUUUGAUUUCCUUGUCAAUAUAAAACCCCAAUAGUUUUAAACCUCAAAGUAGGACAGAGUUAUUUACUUAAUUUAUUCAACACAAAUGUAGAUAGUUUAAAAUUUCAAUGUUUGCCAACAAGCUAUUGUUUUAUAUUGGUAUCUAGUUAUUUCCUUGAAAUUUGACACCCAUCGCCCAAAAAUGC